AUGAAGACCAAGUAUUCUACGGAUGAUCCGAUCACGAGCUUCUGCGAGGCAACUUCUGAGCCCAGAGAAUCAGCAUUCUUCUUCCUCGAAUGCUUUAACUGGGAUCUCGAUAAAGCCGUCUCUGGUUUUCUCAAAGAUCAGCUUUCUCCGAUCCAUAAGCAAUUGAAGCCAUCUCCAUCUCUUUUGAAGCAGAGUUACUCUGUUACACCUGUCUUGAAAUCAAAGUGGAGCUCUUAUACAGAUUUUGAAACCAGCUUGGAUGAUAGUAAAGAGCAUACUACACUUGUUACUAAGGAUUCAAGUCAUGACUCUAAUGAUAUACCCCAUGAUGAAAAAUUUGUGUCUAUGCCUAAUCCUGUGAAUCAUGGAGGAUCAUGCCAAGCUACAAAUGAAUCAACCUCGAUUGAAAUUGGCUUUGGCUUGCGCUUCUCGGAUCAUGGUUGGGAUUCUGACUAG